AUGUCAGGUCUGGGCGAAUUGGCAAGUGUCAUCGCCGUACUUCAACUAUCGGGCAAGAUUGUCGACUACGUCGGGAAAGUAAAAGACGCCUCGGAAGACCGCAAGCGACUGCGCGGAGAAGUUCGCGCCUGCAAACGUAUACUGCAAGAGCUGAAGGAUGAUGCCGAAGAUAUCGACGAGGGCGAAAGCUUGGUCGACACGAUCAAUGUGCUCGAACGACCUGAUGGGCCACUACCUCGACUUCAGACUAUCCUACUGCAAGUGGAGACCCGACUGAAACACGACAAUUCUCUGAGGGGCUCAUUGAAGUGGCCAUUUCAAGAGAAGGAUGUACAGAAGCUUAUCCAAUCGAUAGAACGCGAGAAAAUUCUGAUAAACCUGGCCCUAUCGCGAGAUUCUCGGAAGCUGCUUCGGGAGAUCAAGGAAUGCGCGGAGCAAAACAAUCGAGACCUUGCGCUUCUCCUGCACUCAAUGAACAUGAGUGCGAGCAAGAUCGGGGAGGAGUUCUGUAAGCUGAAUGAUCAUAUGUCGCAAAUUCAGACGCUCCAGGUCGGCCUGCACCACGACGUCGAACGUCUUCAAAGUACCGACUAUCACCGGGAAUCUUCCAAGCAACGCGACGCGGUGCUCCGAUGGCUAUCUACUCAUGAUCAUGCAUCAAAGCAUCAUGAUAUAUUGAGCAAACGACAAGAGGGUACCGGCAACUGGUUUCUAGAGUCGAAAGCCUACGACACUUGGCUCGACAACUCCAGUGCGAGAAAGCUACUCUGUACUGGCCUGCCUGGGGCUGGCAAGACGAUGCUCGCCUCUAUCAUUAUCGACGAUCUACAAACCCGAUUCCAGACCAACGCUGGCGUAGCAGUCGCCUACUUUUAUUGCGAUUACAAGACUCGCGAUGAGCAAACCCUGGAGUUUAUGCUUUGCAGUCUGUUGAAGGUACUGGCAGAAAGCCAGGAAACUUUGCCGAUACCUAUCGAACAGCUCUAUUCCGACCAUGGGAAGGGCAUCAGACGUCCUUCGUGGAGGGCCCUCGCUCAAUGCCUCAAGGACGUGGCUGCACUGUUCCAGAGACUUUACGUUGUGAUCGAUGCACUAGACGAAUGUCAAGUAUCUGAUGGCUGCAGGAGGAUAUUCUUAUCUGAAUUGUUGAAUCUACCAGCAAACUCCAGAACAAGUCUGCUAGCGACAUCAAGGACCGUCCCAGAAGUGCUUGCAGAAUUCGGCGCAGAGAAGCCUCUCGAAGUACGUGCUAGUAGCGAUGAUGUUCGCAAAUAUGUGGUCGGCAACCUCAACAACAUGCCACAGUUUGUUCAGCGCAAUGUCGAACUCCAGGAACUAAUCAAGCUGAAAAUCGUCGACUCAGUGGAUGGCAUGUUCCUUCUAGCGAAGCUCUAUGUACAAAGUCUUUACGACAAGCGAUCAGCAAACGCUGUUCGGAAAGCACUGAACGAGAUUAAGACCGAAGCGAGGGGCCAAAAGACCACAACUGUGACCGAAGCAUAUGACUAUGCGUAUCGCCUGACAAUGCAGCGUAUCGAAGAGCAACCCCCCGAUCGAGCAAAGCUUGGUCGGGAGGUUCUAGCUUGGAUCACAUGCUUGCAUGAGCCUUUCAAAUCUGCGGACCUUCGCAAAGCGCUUGGCAUACAAGUAGGACAAUCUACAUUCGAUGAAGAUGACUGUCCAGACGUUCUGGAUAUGAUUUCCGCUUGCGCUGGCCUAGUGACGAUCGACGAAGAAAGUAACAUCAUCCGUUUGGUACACUACACCACUCAGGAAUAUCUGGAUCGAACACGGCAUCGAUGGUUUCCGGAAGCAGAGACUGUGAUCACAGAAGCUUGCAUCGCAUAUCUUUCCAUGGAGGAAUACGGAACUGCGGGCCUAUAUUCGGACCUGACCGAGAAGCUUGAAUACUUUCAGCUCGUCAUUGCGGACACGGCGACUCAAAAUAUCAUGGACGCGAUGCUGUAUGGACAGCCUCAGAUAGAAAGUCGUGUGUGGACUCGCUACUCACCGCUGUACAUAGCAGUGGAUCGCGGAUAUGUGGAUAUCAUCCGACUUCUUAUCGAUCACGGGGUUGACGUGAACCUGAAGGGCGGGUAUGCUCACAAUAGAUAUCGCCACAAGAGCCCGCUGGCGAUGGCCGUUGACAAACAAGAUCGAGAGAUCAUCGACGUGCUGCUCGAUGCUGGAGCCGACAUCAACUGCGCGAACAACUGGGGCAGGACUGUUUUGCACUCCAGUGCCUUUGAUGAGAACAUUUCUCUGCUCGAGCAUCUUCUUGACAAGGGCGCAGACGUAAACUUCCAGGAUCUUGAAGGCAGAACCCCACUACUUACUAUCUGCAGCAUGUUCACACACGACGCAUCUAUCAGCGUGAUGCUCAACGCGGGAGCCGAUCCUAACAUAUGCGAUAAAGAAGGACAGCCGCUACUUCAUGGGGCUUGCGUCCGGGAAAGAGGCUACAUCGUACCCAUCGCUGUCUUGUUUGGCGCCAGAGUGAGUCUCGUACCAGAUAACAAAUCGCGAAUAUGGUGCAUAGACAAGCUCCGUAAGUAUAUCCAAUCUCCAGAAGAGCUCAAGAAAGACCGGGAUUAUUGGAUUGAACACGAAGUAAGACGAUGA